GCGAUUCUUUGUCUCUACAUCAUCAGAGAGGAAACAAACUAUCCGGCCUCUUUACAUCGUUACCUCGGACUGAUGUGGGCUGACGGGUGAAGUUUAGAGUAUAUGAAUCAUCCAAAUUGCCAGGUCACCCCCGACGGUCCCUGCAAGAAUCCAAUCACUCUAAGCCUCGACUGAAUAGCAUACUGGGUGUAAGAAUGUCUGUCCCCGACUGUGCUCCAUCUGAUGCACCUCUCGACAUGGCUGCACUUGUCGCCGCGGAGCGGGUCUUCCUCCGACUCUGGUACAACCACCAUUACGAGCUUCAUAAAUCCUGGGCAGUCCAAAGGGAGAGCCCGUGGCUCCGUGCACUGGGUGGGCCUCAGCAAGAUCUCGCCUGUUUCCUGGAAGCCGUGAUGCAGUCUCUGACCGGAGCAAAAAUAAACGAGAUGUGCCCGGUUGAUGAGAGCGCGUACGGGAAAAUGAGGGAAGAGGAGACCCGUGGGGGCCUCGAGCUGGUCUCCUACCACUGGGGUCAUUACGCGCCCAUCCUGGCCCGACUCUACCGGGAGAGAAGGGGACGGGCGCGGAGGUUUCUGGAUCCCGAUCCCUGGCUAGCCUCCUAUGGGGAAAACUGGGUGUCGCAGGCCAUCCACACCAUGGCCCGCUUCGACAAGGGGUUCGCAGCCUUGGGUGAUUCGCAGUUUGAGCCGAUCAUCCGCGCCUGCAUUCAGAAGUAUGUGGGAACCGCCGCCGUUGCUCGCAUGGGCACUGAUAACACGCAGCAACCGCGCCAUCCGACCCCGUUCGAACAUGGCCACGACUGCCAGGUCUGUUGCCGCCCGCUGGGAGACAAGCUCGAGGCCAUCUUCUGGUGCAAGCGCCACUGCGGCUUCGCCGCCCACGUCGGCUGUAUUCGGGAGUGGUGUCGAGAACGGGGACCGGCGGACUCAGAAGCCCCGUGCCGAAACACCUGUCUGCAGUGUCGUCAGCCCUGGCUGAGUCCCUGGGGGGAUUGUUUCUGGAAGACCCAAGACAAGAUCACGUGGUGUGAAUGCCGUACUGACGAUACUCAAGAGGCACGGCGCGAGAUGCCUGAAGGCUUGCCGGAGCGGCCCUGGCCGCCACUCGAGUGGCAUAGUUUGUACUAGGGCUCAUGGUGGGCUACUUUGUGCCAAUCUGCAAUGUUAAGUUGAUUGACCUAUGAAGAUUUGUC